UCUCCUGACCGGCGGAAUGACGCCCUCCAGCGCCCCCUGCCGGCAGAGCGCAGAGCCGCAGCCGUCUCUUUGAUGCCGCUGUGAGCUUCGCUGUUGUCGCUGUGCGGUGGUGGAGGCGUCUUUCUCCCCCCCUGUGUGCAGCCGACCGCAAGAAAUGGACGUGUUUCUCAUGAUCCGACGUCACAAGACGACCAUCUUCACCGACGCAAAAGAGUCGACCACAGUCUACGAACUGAAGCGCAUCGUGGAAGGCAUCCUGAAGAGGCCACCUGAAGAGCAGAGGCUUUAUAAGGAUGACGUGCUGCUCAACGACAGUCAAACUCUUGGAAAUUGUGGCUUCACAAAUCAAACAGCCCGACCUCAGGCCCCAGCCACGGUGGGAUUAGCCUUCCGUCUAGGUGAUGAUUCAUUUGAGCAGCUGCGGAUCGAGUCUUUCUCCACUCCCCCUGAGCUCCCUGACGUCAUGAAGCCCCAGGACUCUAGCAGCACAGCCAACGAGCAGGCCGUGCAGUGAGGGAGGGGGGCGGGGUUAAAGUCGAGGGACACACGGGGUCUGAGGGUGGAUGCACGGGGGGGAGGGUGGGGCUGAUUUUUUUGGGGAAGUGGAUGAAUUUUGCCUCACCUAUCUCCAGCUGGGCAUAAACAAUUACAAACACUGAUUCCACUUGUGGUUAAUAUGAGGGCGGGUGCUUCAAAGUGGUUCAUUUUGUCCUGAAAUCGGAGAACGCAUGCUAAAUUGAUACUUUCACACAAGACCCUUCAGAGAAACCUGACGGACGUGUCAUGACACUGUCGGCCAUCCACGGGAUUGGUAAAGGCUGAACAUAAAGAAUUGUACCUCGUAUUUAAUGAAUUCUAGUUUUUAUUUGGGGUAAGGCCAACGCGGCUCUUACUUGUGUUUUUUUAUUUUUAUUUGCUGGCUUAAACGUGGGAGUUGAUAAGGUGUGACAAUUUUUAGGCUUUUAUGUUUGUGUGUUUUCUUUAUUAAACUAUUACUAGGAUUUAACAUGUUUUUCCGGUCUUUGGCCUGGAUAUGUGUUGCGACAAUAGCUAGGAGUUUGUGAAUUUCUAAGUUACUCUCUCUGUGUUUCAAGAAACAUUUGAACAGUACGAAUCUGAAAUAAAUGGAUUCACUGGUCGGGAGAAGAUCUGACAGUAAGGGGAAGAUUUCUUGGUACUUUAUCUAUCGGUAGUUGUAGUUUUCAUACUGUUAACUGCUCAGUCACUGAGACUGAAGGAGCUCAGUCGUGGCGUAUCUACCACACGUGUAAUGCUGGUAUGGAUCUAAUGAAAUGAGCGACAGGCACAGCAGCAAAAACAGGGAUUAUUGAAUCAUUUAUAUUUGUAACAAAAGGUGGGAACUAACCAAGUUUACUUUCCAGUGUUGAUUGUAACCAACGAAACCGUGGAGAUGUAGUUGGUGGGAUUUUGUUGACUUCAAUUAUCGGGCCCUAAUUGUUCAUCAUUUUUUAAGGUCACAGAUAAUUGUGUGAUGAGUUAUGGAACUGUGUCUGUUAAGUAGUGGUCACCCUCCAUCAUCACCAGAAUCACAGCAUAUUUAGUUUUAGUCCUCCACCACCAUUAAAUACCUGACUACACAAAAGAAAGGGAGAAACAGAAAAAGAACUCUCACGCACAACAAAAAUCAAAUUACAUGUGUGUGUAAAACAAUGUGGUCACGUGAUCGAGAAAACAACGAUUAAAAACAAAAAUCGUCCUUUAGUUACCACUGGAAAGUUUUAUUCUGACUCGGGAUGUUGUUGAAUGAAAUAUCCAAACAAAAAAAAAAAAAGCAUUUGCGAAGUGAGGCUGUUAAACAGUGGGACAUGAUCAAAGUUGCACUUGUUACUGACUUAACAUUAAAACGAUUGUUUUUCA